CUGCGGAGUGUACGUAUAGAUAGGCUGUGCAUUUUCAGCCUCAGGGCAGGUGAAUCAUCUGCUGAGCCACUUGAGCCCGUGCCGACCAUGGCCAGAUGCAUCGGGAUGCGUCAAGUGUUCUCAGCCGUCAUCCUUUUCUCCGCAGUUUUGAAAUGCAUGCUCGUUGAGGAUGGACAGGGAAUGGCUCGCAAAGACGCUGACCCCCUGGGCAUGAUGGCCACAGAGUCCGCACAUUUUCCCGGCCGAGUGCUGUUUGAAGAUUCAUCCUCUCAAUUUGAUGUCGCUGGAAUGACACAGCCGUGCCAUCACCAGCGAGACAUUGCAGAUUUGAAGAAACAGCUGCAGGUUUUGAGGAAGCAUGUGAUCCAUGGGGACUCCUCGGCUGUCAAAUCCUUGCUCGACAAGUGGAGCGCACACGAUGCGUAUGUGCACAACUUGAACAACCUAUCCGCAGCCAAAGACCAAGACUAUCCACAGAUUCAAUGUAGUGACUUGGACUAUUUGGCAAGGUAUCAAGUGAGCUAUGCAGAGUCGAUCUACGACCACUUCUACCAAGUCAACUAUGCAAAUGUUUCCCACAUGACGAUGCUGGAGCUGGCUUUGCACAUGACCAAAGGUGCCAACCAAAGGGCUUUGACAAUGGCCCUGAACAAGAACGAAGUGGAUGUGGGAAAUCAAGGUGAGCGAUCUGAAGAUCGCAUCAGAAUCAUCCGCCUCUUGUUGGAGAAGGGCUUUCUGUGGGGAAGUGGAGACUUGGUGUGCAAAGUCGUUGACCCCGAAAGUGGAUAUCACGCAGAAGUCCGCCAGGCAUUUGCAAGGACCAUUUUGCACGACUUGGUGAGAGAUUCGGUUCACAUGAACCGAACUCGCAUCAACUACCUCCGACAAUAUUGUGGCCGCGACGGCAUGGAUGGUGUGGUGUGGAUCUUGGGGUCAGCCCCAGGUGCCUUCACUCUUCUUGGGGUGCUGAGCCACAAGACGGUGCUGAUGAAAGCGGCCCGGGAUGACACCAACCACGAUGAAGCUUUCAUCAACUUUCCAGAACUCAUUGAUCUCCACAAGGUGCUACAAGCGCCUGUGACGACUGUGGAUUUGGAUGGUUGGAAUGCAGAGAUGCAUGCGGCGCGGGUCCUGAAGGAGGAACAUGUCAAGUUGCUGAAGGAAACCACUUUGGAGAUAUGGCAACAGCAGGGCAGAGAUGCAUUCAGCAUCUUCUUGCUUGGGGAAGCUGCAUCAGACACGCUGUCAGGCGCUUGCAUCUCCCUUGCUCUGAAUGCCAACAACCUGGCCUACGUUGGUGCUCUCUUCUUCAUGUGCUGUUUACUCUUUCAUGCUUCUCUGAUUUGUUGCAAGCGGCUGUGCAGAGGAGCGUUGGACUGCAUGCUUUCUUGCAUUGGAUUCUUCAUUGGAGUCUUCAAACAGUGCAAGAUGACAACGUCUUUUCUUGGUGCUGAAAUGCUCUUGAGGGUGCUUUGGCUGCUCACCCUGAACACGGCAUUUCUGAACUUCCCACCAGAGAUCAUAAUUGCCUGGGAGACACAGACGACCAAUCCGUUGGGAAUCCCUUCCGUCAGCAAAUGGAACCCUCUACCUGGCACGGUGAAGUUGAUUUGCUGCUUUUGCAUCAUUGUUGUGGUGAUCUUUGCAGUGAUUGACUAUAUGGAUGCUCGUGAAAAGGCAGGCAAGUCCAUGGCAGGCAAGUCUCCUCCUCCUGCUAAGGCAUUUCCUGAGGACCGAUACCAAGACCCACAGUUCCACUUCAUUGGUUGUGUGUGCGUCUUUGGGCUGAUGACCAUCCUGAUCAUCAUCUACGUGAAGAUUGUGCUGAAGCCUCUGGAAAUGGAUCCGAAAAGGAUGGGGCUGUGGCUCGGGUCACUGCUGGUUCAAGUGAAGAUCACCUUAGAUGACACCUUAUCUCCUGAAGACAAGCGUGAUCUCCGACAUGCUUUUGAUGAUCUCCGCCAAGCUCCAAACGGUCAGGGCUAUGAACCAGUGAGGAGCGAAGGUGCAUCACAUGAGAGCUCUGUGGACAAGCAGGUGGACGAUCGCUAUGAAGCUCUGUGGAACACAAUGCACCACUGGUACCGAUGGUCCUUUUGCAUGGUGACACCUUACAACCAAGAGAUGUGGCAUUUGCUCAUGUAUGCCCAAAAGGGGAAUCCUCAGGAGAUGCGAAUCCGAAAUGAAGAUGGUCCAGCAGAAGGUCAAUGGUCUGGGCUGGAGAUCUUCUUUCGCUUUGUCAUGUCCUACGUCUCAAAUGGACUCUACAAGGCCAUCAUUGUCUACACCUUACCACUCUGGCUGUCUAGAGGAGGCCUCACCGAUUUUGUUCUCAAUGCCUUUGCCACGGUGUACAUCGUAGAGCUCGAUGAUGUGACCGGUCGUGAGACGUGGGAGUUGAUGCCGAAGGCUGACUAUUUGAAGUUUCGUUCCGGGUCCAGGUUGACCCAGACCUUUCCCAACGACACUGGCUCGGCCCCAGCCGAAGCUGGCCGGUUGUCGGCCUACAGCACGCGCUACAGCAGCGAGGCCUCCACGGCUGCGACCGCGGCCCCGGCCGAAGCUGGUGCGGCAGCGUAGCUCAGCUCUGCAGUCGCACAAAUUGCCAAUGUGUUUGAACUAGUUAAAA